AUGGGUCUAGUCACGUUGAAAAACCUCUUAUUCGGCCGCACGCCGCCCCCGGGCCGCAAAACCGCCAAGGGGCGCGCGGAAAGCACAAUGUCGGAUGAGACCAUCGUCGACGGCGGCGACCUCGAGAGGCAACCCCUGCUGAGGUCCAGCGACCGAACGGUCUCGACGGCGACUAUGGCGACGGCGACUUCAGAAACAUCAAUGACAUCAACAAGAGUCUCAGAGAGCGACUCUCGUAGCUUCCGUCUCGACGCUCGCAUGAUAUCCGAUGCCACCAUUGGUCUGUCCGACGGCUUGACAGUGCCCUUCGCCCUCACGGCCGGCUUGUCGGCGCUGGGACAGACAAGAGUCGUCAUCUUUGGUGGUAUGGCGGAGUUGAUCGCCGGUGCUAUAUCAAUGGGUCUCGGUGGCUACCUUGGAGCCAAGAGCGAAGCCGCAUCAUACAAGGAAACCCGCAGCGAAUGCACUCGCCUCACACAAGACGACCCGGCCCUGGCCCGCGCCCAAGUUCUCGAGGUCCUGGAACCCUACGAUCUCCCCAAGCAGACCCUCGAAGACGUGACGGACCACCUCUCGACCUCCCCGCGCCUCAUCGACUUUCUCAUGCAGUUCCACCAUUGCGAGCAGCAACCCGCCUCCAACCGCGCCUUCGUCUCUGCCCUGACCAUCGCCGCCGGCUACCUGCUCGGCGGUCUCAUCCCGCUGUUCCCCUACUUCUUCGUCCCCGCCGAGGACGUCUACUUGGCGCUCUACAUCUCGGUUGCCGUCAUGGCCGUCGCGCUGUUCGCUUUCGGCUACGUCAAGACCUGCAUCGUCUCGGGCUGGUCGGGCGUGCGGUGCGUGAGGCAGGCUGUCGUCGGUGGGCUGGAGAUGGUUGUCGUCGGUGGUGCCGCGGCGGGUGCGGCGAUGGGCUUGGUCAAGGCUUUUGAUCAGCUGGCGCAGUCUGAUGAUGUGUCGGCGUUGGCGAGCACGAUUUUCUAA